UAAGGAAUCGACUCGCUUGAGAAUCGUUUGUACUUGGCAGUAGCGCCAAAUUAAAUUUUUGUUCGUGGGACGAGGAGAAGGUUUUUUCAAUGGUUUUACAGACUUUAAAAUUAUUUCCUGGUGAAAAUAUAUUGUAUUUUUGGAAUUGAGUUGCUGAACUGUUUGGAAAGGGGCCGGAAUGGAUACCGGGAGCGGAGAGCGCGUGAAAGCGCGCGUGGGAGCGCGCGUGUACAUCCCCGUGUCCAUCACCGUCAGUCUGCUGCUGGUGACGUCCACCGUCUUCUUCACCUUCACGUGUCCUUGGCUCGCUGAGAACGUGUCUCUUGCUUUCCCUCCAUGCGUCGGCAUCACAUUCCUUUUUGUCCUGGCAAAUUUCACCAUGGCAACGUUCACAGAUGCCGGCGUGCUGCCAAGGGCUACCGAGGAUGAAGAUAAGGACGAUGGCAUGCGUGCUUCUCUUUAUAAGGACGUGGAGGUCCGUGGAGUCCAGUUUCGGAUGAAGUGGUGUGCUUCCUGCAGCUUCUACAGACCCCCACGCUGCUCCCACUGUAGUGUGUGUGACCACUGUGUGGAGGACUUUGACCAUCAUUGCCCCUGGGUGAACAACUGCAUCGGGAGACGGAACUACCGUUUCUUCUUCCUCUUCCUGCUGUCUCUCAGUGUGCACAUGGUGGCCAUUUUCUCUGGGGGUCUCCUGUAUAUACUGGACCACCUAGAAGCCUUGUGGGAACUACAUGCAACCGUCACUUUGUCCAUCAUGAGCCUGUCAGGGCUGUUUUUCAUCCCUGUUAUGGGAUUGGCCUGCUUCCAUAUAGUCCUUGUGGUAGCAGGACGAACCACAAAUGAACAGGUGACUAGAAAGUUCCAAGGAGGAUCAAAUCCCUUUACACGUGGCUGCUGCGGCAAUGUGGAGUUUGUUCUGUGCAGUCCUAUCACCGCAAGAUACACCAAGAAGUUGGGAAACAAGCAGACCGUCCACAUCCAACCACCAUUCCUAACACCAGAGUCCAUCGAAAUGUCAGCCAUAAAAGUUGAAGACAAUGGGAUCCGCACUGAAAUACUUUCUGUGAAGAUGGACUGCACAGAGAACCCCCAACUCCACAUGAGUGGUUUUGCACAGGGUCUAUUUUCUGAAGCUGGAAGACAAACGGAGAAGCAGAUUCCCACCUCUACCAUGCAGUCCAGCACACUUCCCAUGAACACACUCAUUCUGAACUCCCGCUCACUCACUUUGAAACACGGCCACUCCAGAGGAGACCGAGCUCAUCAGUGUCCCGAUUCUGUGGCAUCUUCUUCCAGCCAGGGCAUCCUGAGCCUCUCCUAUGAUAGCCUCUUCAGUCCAGCACAGCGUGGGACUUUCAAAGUGAACUACCUGGCUCCUUUCCUUCCUUUAGAGCUGGGCCUGGCCAUCAGGUGCCCACCAGAUGCCCAGAAUGCGCCCUCACGUACCUGCAGCCCGGGUUUCACUGGCAUGAGCAGGCAGUCUCCUGUGCACUAUGACAGCCUUUCCAAACCUGCCAUGAGCUCUAUCCAGGAACGUCAUGAAAUGGAGGAGCGAGAAAAGCAGUCGUCUUUGCAUCCCAUUCAGGAUGUGUCUGUCUACGACACGCCCAGUGGGUACAGCUUGCCAUCUCGGAGGCCAACUCCGCCCGCCUAUGGCUCUCGAGAGUUCCUUAUGAGCAGCGCAGCGUACGGCUACGCCUCUUCGCUCCGACGGGCAUCCAGGACUUCCAGCUCAUCCAUGCAUGCCAAUAUGGCCCUUCAGAAUCGCUCGGUCUCACCCUCAGCCUGUAGAUCUCUGGAGCAUCAUGCUCAGCACUCAACCUCGUCUAUUCCCUGCCCGAUGCCCUGCUCCUCCUACACAGCGCAGAAAGCGCUGGCUUUAAUCACCACCUCAGAGAGAAAAGACUCAGGUCCGUAGUUUGAGCCCCAGAUCCUUCCAGUCUGUCUAUAUUCUUCCAGUCUGUCACAUAUUUAUAAUGUGGAAAACGUCCCAUUUAUCAUUGCUUGAUUUCACAUGCUCAUAUUGAUCCAUAUAUGUCUCAACCUUUAUACAGAUUUAUUAUAGAAUUCAACUUUUUCAUGUAUUUGUUAUCAGGAAAAAGCACAAGCUUCACUGAUAGGAUGUGAAGAACAUCUCCAUGCUGUGUGACAAAUUCAUUUUGUAGUUAGAUGUGCUUAGUUAAAUCUAAUUUGUAAUUUUGUUUGUUUUAAACAGUCCAUGAAUGUUGAGUUAAAAUGCAUUCUGUAAAUU